AUGAUAGCGGUCAAAAAGAUUUGUCCCAAAGAGUCUCUGGUGUGUUUAUUGAUCAAAGAUGAAACAAUUGGUGAUGGAGAACAGGAUUUGGUGCUCCGUACUCUUGUGCCGGAAAAAUUUCCUGAUUUUGUUAUUGCUCAAGUAAUCCUGCAAGCAGCUACAGGAUGGGAAUCAUGGCUAGCAGGGUUUAAUCGAGCUCAAUGUCGUGCAAUGGCGCUUUUACCAGCUGAUUAUCAACAAAUAAUGCUAACAGUUCCAUUUUUGACCGGAUCACUACGUAAAGUAGAUAACGGUAUUGAAUACGGUCGUGUAUUGCUCAUUGGGAUUGGAGCACGGUCAAUCGCCAGUUAUAUUGAAUAUCAUUUAUUUCGAGUGGAAAUCGAUGAGCUUGUUGUUGUUGAAAAGGAUCAAUAUCUGAACAAAGUAUGGUUAGGAAAUCCAACUUGGAAUCAUGUCACUGUCUCUGAUAUACGUAAGUGA